AUGAGAGCCUAUCUAAAAGGACAAGGGCUGUGGCAGUAUGUGGAAGAAGAAAAACAGCCACCACAGCUUGGUCCAAACCCCACCCUGAAUCCAAUGAGGAUGAAUGAGGAAGAGAUGUCAAAAGCUCCAAGAGCCCUCUCUCAUAUACACUGUGCAGUAACAGACCUUGUAUUUACAAGGAUAAUGGCGUGUGAAACUGUAAAGCAAGCUUGGGACAGAUUGAGGGAGGAGUUCAUGGGAAGUGAUACAACCCAAAAUAUGCAAGUUAUGAACUUGCGGAGAGAGUUAGAAAUGCUAAGAAUGCAGGAGGUAGAGAAAGUAAAAGAAUAUGUAGACAAACUUAUGAGUGUGGUGAACAAGAAUAGAUUGUUGGGAGUUGAGAUGAGUGACAAGAUGAUAGUUGAUAAAGUGUACCAAAAGGCUCAAGAACAGAGAAGGCUGAUGAGACAAGAGGACUCCAAUGAAGGUGCAAUGAUGGCUGCUCAAAAGGGAUUGAAUGUGCAGGGAAGUAAUAGGAAGGGGUGCAAACAGUUCGGGCACAUUGAAAAAGUGUGCAAGAACAAAGGUGCACAACCAUCACAGCAAGCACAAAGUGCAGAGGACCAGCAGCAGGGUAGUGAACCUGAGCAGUUGUUUGUAGCUUUAUGCUAUUGUAUGCAGACCAGUGGUGAUGUUUGGCUAAUAGACAGUGGUUGUACCAACCACAUGGCAGCAAAAUUGGAGAAUUUUGUCAGGAUGGAUAGAACCUACAGCUCCAAGGUCAAGGUUGGAAAUGGUGACUAUGUGGAGGCAAAAUGUAAUAAUUACUUCCUACUCAAAUACUCAUAA